UAACGUAGAAUGCGCGUGCACACAUGCGCAGCUAUGUAUCGUCGUGAUUAAUAUCGAUAAACAAUAUAUAAAAAAAAAUAAGAAUUCAAUUCGUUUUAUUAAUUGUAGCCGAGUGAUGUGUUGAUAAUUAUUAAAAACUUAAUAUUUUAUAAAAGAAAUGUCGAAUAUCCCGUUAGUUCGUCGUGCCAUAGCUGGGGCUGCAUUGGCCCACAGUUCUACAUCAAAUGAUGUUGAACACUCAACAAUAACUCCUGGUGAGGGCAGUCAAUGGACCCCUGCUGCUUUGGAAAGGGCUGGAUCCACUCUAAAGGCAUUAAACCGUAUGGCAAAAAGGCCCCCAGUACAUAUUUUAUUCGAAGAUAUUGGAUUUACCGCUGGUUCGGGAAAAGGUGAACGUCGUAUUUUACACAACGUAUCGGGCGAAUUUCGAUCAGGCGAAUUAACUUGCAUCUUGGGACCAUCUGGCGCUGGCAAGUCUACACUGCUCAAUAUACUUGCUGGAUACACUUCAAAUGGUGUAAACGGUCGGAUCACGGUCAAUGGUCAUGCGCGAGACAUGAGGUUGUUCAAGAAACUCAGCAGCUACAUUAUGCAAGAUGACCUUCUGCAACCCAGGCUCACAGUCAACGAGUCCAUGAUGAUAGCCGCUGAUCUCAAACUCGGAAAAGAAUUGGGGAGAGCCGAAAAAGAACUCAUAGUAGAAGAAAUCCUUCAAACUCUCGGACUCUGGGAUCAUAGAGACUCCAUGUCCCAUCAUCUCUCAGGGGGUCAGUCGAAACGUCUCUCCGUGGCCCUAGAAUUGGUUAACAAUCCACCAAUUAUCUUUCUUGAUGAACCUACCACCGGACUCGACGUGGUAUCUAUCCGGCAAUUGGUUGUGCUUUUACGACUCCUCUCACGACAAGGCAGAACGAUUAUAUGCACAAUACAUCAACCGUCGGCCUCAUUGUUCUCGCUUUUUGAUAGAGUUUACGUUUUGGCUAGAGGACUAUGCUGUUACCAGGGUGCUGCUCCACUCCUCGUGCCAUUUUGUGCAGAAAUUGGACACAUCUGUCCAACCACCCACAAUCCAGCCGAUUUCAUCCUGGAGACACUAGUUGGAAAUUCGGAAAGUGCGGCGCAAAUGUCGGAACUGUGUCAAAAUGGAAAACUUUCCAAGAGACUUGAUCGGAUGACUGUGAGAGGCGGACGUAAACCGGUACUGCACUCAGACGAAUCCAUACAGAGGAUAUUUGUGGAGCACGUCGCUAAAGAACAAAUGCAGAAAAUGGAGUUUCCAACUACAUUCAUGACACAAUUCUCGAUAUUGAUUUAUCGAAUGUUCAAACAAUCUAGCAGAAAUUCGCUUAACCUUUGGAUUCAACUUAUACACCAUGUAAGUGCAGCUGUGCUUGUAGGGGGAAUUUUCUUUUUGAUUGGUAAUGACGGAGGAAAUCCUAUAACCAAUUUCAAGUUCUGCCUUAGUUGUGUCGUCUUCUUCAUGUACACUUACAUCAUGAUACCUGUCUUAUUGUUUCCGUUGGAGCUUCGUAUGAUACGACGGGAAUAUUUUAAUGGAUGGUACAGUUUAAAAGCAUAUUAUGCAGCACUAACUCUAUCGACAUUUCCAAUAAUGGUUAUAUUAGGAACAGUGUUCAUAAUAAUAUGCUAUUUCAUGUCUGGCCAGCUGAUGGAAAUGGACCGGCUAAUUCUUUUUACAAUCACUGGCAUCUUGAUAGGUCUUUGCUCUGAAGGACUUGGUAUUCUUGUCGGUUCUAUGUUCAAUGCUACCAACGGGUCAAUCGUCGGUCCUGCAACUGUAGCACCAUUGCUCGCUUUGUGUUGUUACGGCACAGGUUUCGGACCAUACAUUGAAAAAAUAAUGAAAUUCCUCAUGUCAAUGUCAUAUCUACGCUAUGGUUUAACCGGAUUUUGUCUAGCAUUGUACCAUAAACGCCCACUUAUGGAUUGUAACGCCGAUUUUUGCUUAUACGCAGAAUCCAAAAUUCUGUUGAGAGACUUAGGAAUGGCAACUGAUAAUUUUGAGACGCAAAUAAUCGGUUUACUAAGUUUUACAAUAUUUUUCAGAGUAGUAGCAUACUUCGCGUUAAGGUAUCACCUGACAGCUGAGUUUACAAGCAAAUUCAUGACUUACAUAAGCAAAUUUUUGAAACACAGAUAGUUAAAAAUAAAAUGAACUAUAUUGCGAUACAAUGUAUUUGUAUAAUGUUUAGUAGGUACAUAAAACAUGAUAAACGUAAAUUCAUAGGAAAUUUUAUUAGUAAAAUUUUAAAUGAAAUGUUUCGCAACAAUGUUUUGUAGUUCAUACAUUACUACUAAAGUUUAGUAAGACUUUGAUUGAUAUUCUACUAAAUAUUAAGUAGUUACACCAUUUUUUCUUAUAAAUCAAGUUAUUGGUCGAUCCUUAAAUCUAUUCGUUUGUUAAUUUAGGAAAAGAAAUGUAUUGUAUCAUGUAUUUAAUCGUUCGUUCCCAUUCUAUACCUCUACUAUUUCGGUAAUGUGGUAUAGCACAGCAUAAAAAUGAGUUAUAGGCAUACUUUAAGGUUUUAAAAGCGACCUGCCUGAAGCUAAACCUCCUUGAAAGGAUUUUUUCUGAUGAGAUAAUCUACCUUCACUAUAUAGAAUGUCCGUAUAAUAGGUUAGGUGCUUAAAUGCUCGGUAGUAGGUACUAAUUGAUGCCCUAUGCAAAAAAUUGCUUGAAAUCGAUUGAAUUUAUCGUAAUCUGCAGGUAACCAUGCGAAUCACAUACCAACGGCAAAUAUUUUGUAUAAAUAUUCUAUAUUAUAAUUAAAAUUUAAUAAUCACUUAUUAAGGUUAAUAACGGGUAGAUAAAUAAAUAUACAAGUAUUCUGUGAUUUUGAAUUAAGAUAGUCUAUUAUUCAAUUAUAUAAAA